CUCGAGAACCAGGGCUGGGCAGGCAGCAGGCUCCCCUCACUGUAUGUCACCGCACCGUGCAUCAAAAGAUUUACUGGAUACAAAACGGAUGCUGAAUACUCCGUACCUGACAAAGGGGUGUCAUAGGGGUUAAAGGUGAGCAGGUGUGGCAGUGGGCGUGGCAGAGAUGAGUGUCUCUUCCUGGUUCCUGGUGAGUGGCGGGGGCAUGAGGCACCGCCUCCCCUGGGAGAUGAUCUUUGUUGGUCGAGACGACUGUGAACUCAUGUUACAGUCCCGCAGUGUGGACAAACAGCAUGCCGUUAUCAACUAUGAGCCAUCCACGGACGAACAUAAAGUCAAGGACCUGGGAAGCCUGAAUGGGACAUUUGUGAAUGAUGUCAGAAUACAGGAGCAGGUGUAUAUCACAUUGAAAAUUGACGACAAGUUGAGGUUUGGAUAUGAUACCAACCUGUUCACUGUGGUGCGAGGAGAGCUCCAUGUCCCCGAGGAAGCACUAAAGCAUGAGAAGUUUAAUAGUCAGCUCCUACUGCAGACGGUAAAGCCUCCAGAAGCUGUUCCGGUACCAUCCAGACCUGCAGUAGAGGUCAAGGCUGCAGCCCAGGGUGGUUCCGAGGGUGGCUCCGAUGGGGCGGCGGCAGUGGGUAGUAAACCCCCUGAGACCAGCAGAGAGGGGGCCGGGGAUGACAAGCUGACAGGGGACAUUGCAGUACUAAAAAGGGGCACCCCUCUGUACGGCCAGCCUUCCUGGUGGGGGGACGGGGACGCAGACGAUGAGAACUCUGGGAAGCAGGAUGGGACGACAACUGACAGGAAGCAGGAGAGAUCUGAGUCAGAUGGUAAAGACCCCAAGGAGACAACAGCCGAGGUCCAGGAGAAUGGCCUGCACACCACAAGCCAGGAGCCCAGUUACUUCGAGAUCCCCUCCUAUACCAACGAACCCCCCUCCCAAGACACGGAAGGCGCCACCGCCGCUAACCCCGCCUCCGGCCCUGAAGCCGUCCCCCAGGGCCAUGCCUCCUUCACCAUCGAGUUUGACCUGCAGGCGUCCAAUAAGGUGACGGUUAAGGACCGGGUGGUGAAGGUGGCGCCGGAGGUGAGGCCACGGCCCCCAAAGAAGGGCGCGGGAGAGGAGCUGAGCGCCCUGCAAACGGCCAUGGUGGCGGCGGAGGUGAAAGUAGCUGAUUGGCUGGCCCAGAACGAGAUCCCAUUGGCCCGUACGGAGUCAGUUGACAGAGUGGUGGAGGACGACGGGGAGAGCGUGAAGAGCGAUGUGCCGGUUCAGCUGAAGAGUCUUAAAGGUAGUAAACACGAGGACGGUACCCAGAGCGACUCAGAGAAUGCAGCCGCGCUGGGAGAGCAACGCCGGGCUGCCCUCGAGGACCACUCCAGGGGGCUGUGGGGCGGCCGACUUGAGGGGUCAGGGGUCAAGAUACGAGAGGGGCGCGCCAACGUCCCAGAGGGACUCUUUGCCGAGGAAGAUAGCCCAGCCCGACGACACAGAUCUUCAGCUUCCAAAAUGGCACCCAUCGGAGGAGAGUUAAGAGAGAGAGAGAGGACCAAGGAUUCAGUUCCUUACCACCGCGACCAACACCAACCAAUAGGACUUGGGGGAGGGUAUCAGAAUCGCCAUGGAGACGACUAUAGCGACCGUGGUACCUAUACCAUAGAGAUAGAGAACGAAGAUAACCAAGAGGAGGAGGCCAGGAGAAUGAUUGACAAGGUAUUUGGUGUGGAGGACUACCAGGCUCUGUCCAGGGUGGGGGGCUAUCCUGACAUCCAGAGAGAGAGACUGACUACUCAGAGACCAGGCUCAGGAGACAGAGGCAAGCCUGGACGUAUCGAUCCAGAGUCUCUCCCAGAGGAGCUGGUUGUGGGUGGUCCCAGGUGGGUCUCCCAAUGGGCUACUCUGGCAGCCAGCCACAUCAGGACUGACCCUGAGGGCUCUGGAGCUGAGUCCCAUGUCCACUACCACAUUGAGGACAGAGCUGAGAUCAGUGAGUCCAGUCACUCUGCCUCCAUGGCCUCCUCCAGCUAUACAGAGCGCAAGAGGAGAACCCUGCCCCAGCUCCCCUCCACCGAGGAGGCAACCCCAGGGGGGAGGAGAUCCCCUGGUCCAGCUCACCGCCCCUCCGAUGUGGGGGAGAAACAGGACACUGAGCUCCAGGAGAAGGAGAACCAGGAGAUGGGGAGAGUAGGGAGGACCAAGCCUGGUGGUGGAGGUGGUGGGGGUAGCCAGGCUGGUAGUGUGGGUGGAAGCACCAGAGGAAGUCCGAAAAAAGGCUCUCCAGCGAAGAACCAAGAUGCGGGAAGCCGGAGAGAAACUGUGUUGGCGAAACUGCCUCCUCGGCCAGUGAGUAGUGGGGGGAAGAGACUGGAGGAGGCACGAAGGAGGAAGAAGGAGAUGGAGGAGAAGGCUAAAGAAAGUGAGAGUGUUGCGAAGCCGCUUCUUAGACAAGAGAGCUUUACGGUGGAGAGACCCAGCACCAACGUCCCCCAGGAGCUCAUCCCACGGAUUGACACGCAAACUGGGGCACGAAUACUGACAAAGGAGGGCAAGGUGGAUAGUACCACCCAGCAGAAGGACUCCGAGGCGGUGGCUGCGUUUCUGGAGACAACGGUAUCAGACCUGGGUGAACCAAUUAGCCAGUCCAUCGAGGGGUCUUUGUCGCCCGAGUCGGAUGUGGACACCACCAGCACCGUUAGCCAGGCAGCGGGCGUCGGAGGGCGGAAGGUGGACCACCAGAAGAGACGUACCCUAGCGGCCCAGCAGAAAGAGAGGGAGAAGACGGUGCUGUGUUCCUCCACCAAGGGGCCUACCAGAGCCAGAGAUACCCAGGAUAGGAAACCCAAAUCCAGACCGUCUGGAGGACAAGGGACCCGCCAAGCUGGUCGUGCCUGGACCUCCCUGGACCUAACGGAUGACGAUGUCAACUCCAACUCCCUCCUCUCCGACUCCCAACCCUCCAUACAGGAGGUUAGCUCCCACAGUUCCCACGCCAGAACCCAGGCCGGAAGCACCAGAGUGGAGGCUAGCACCAAGGCUAGCCGGGCUAAAAACACACAGGCAUCCAGCACCACCACAAACACCCUCAGUAAACCUACCACCACCUUGCCCAAGGUGCGGCCCACCCGGGCCUCGAUACUCAGACGUGCCCGUUUGGGGGACUCCUCCGAUACCGAACCCGCCGACAUGGACCGGAUGUCCGUAGCCUCCGAGGCUAGCACCGCUAGCUCCAGGUCCGCGGCUCCUGGACCAGGGAUCCGGAGAGGCCUGUCCCGCAUUGAGGCCCUGGCCCAGCCCAGGAAGCCCAGGAUGGGAUCUCCGUCUGCCCAGAGUGACUCAGAGGCCACUGGGGGCCGUAGCCGGGGGAUAGGGGCUCGUAGCAUUGCUACUGACUACGCCGUCCGACAGGGACUCAGAGGAGUCAGCAACAUGGGAGGGAUAAUACCCAGGGCCAGGGCUAACAGCGCCUCCAAACUACCUGACAAGUCUAAGGGCUACAUCACCUCCACGGCUGGUGGCCGGUGGCGCCGGAUGCCCAUGGACUACGCCUCCACCUCUGAGGACGAGUUCGGCUCCAACCGCCACCCGUCCAAGCACGGCGGUCCCGCCCGGCAGUUUGCGUCGCCGCGGCUGACCCAGCUGGGUGGCUCCGCCCCUGCCACGCCCAGUCCGGGGGGCAUAGCGGCUCUGAGGCAGCAGUCAGCAGGCAGAGAACAGGAGGAGUACAUGAAGGACUGGACCACUCACAGUGAAGAGAUCGCCAGGAUCAGUCAGGACCUAGCCAAAGACCUGGCCAUGCUGGCCAGGGAGAUCCAUGACGUGGCCGGAGAGAUCGACUCAGUCAGCCCAGCCGCUAGUGCUGCCACUGACCCAGGAGCCAUGUUGGAGGAGCGAGUUUUUGACGAUGGCUUGGAUCUGGAGAGCGGCCCGUCAACAGAGAGCAUUCUGGGUAAUAACGUCCGCCCCGUGGAGCUCCGGCCACGCAACUCUAACAGACAGGGUCCCCGCGCCAUUCGCCGCCAGACCUGGAACAGAGAGGACGCGGUGUUGGACAGUUUACUAUUAGCAUCUGUGACCCAGCUCUCUGCACGGAUACGCCAUUCUGUGGACAAAACAGCAGGCAAAAUCAGGAUAUUAUUCAAAGAUAAGGACCGGAAAUGGGACGAGAUUGAGAAUAAACUCCAAGCCGAGCAUGACUCUCUACUCCUCCAGACUUCCAGCACGGAGAUCACCACCAUCCUCCAGGAUCUGAAGAGAGUGGAGAGACAGUUACUAGUGAUUGAUGUUAUGGUGGAUCCGGACGGCACCCUGGAUGCCCUGACCAGCCUGGGACUGACCAGCCCUCUGACCGACCUGCAGAGGGUCAGUCCUGGGGCAGCGGGGCCCUCCGCUGCGGGUCACCCCCCUGGAGAAGGCCCUUCUAGCAACACCCUGUCGACUCCCAGCGGUGGACCCUCCUCGGGGGCUUCAGGCACCUCUACCCAGGUGGCAGAGAGAGACCUGGGACUCCAUAUGAAUAAUAAUCUGCCCUCUAGUGGUGGAGAACAGAACUGUGUGGUUCAUAAAUGAGGAGGAUGCUGGAUCUAGAACACACUACUAAAGUACAACUACCUAAACACGUGCUUGGAGGGGCCCUGAUUGAGGCUCACUACUAGGGAGGAUGGUAAAAGACUUGGAGAGAUGGGAUUCCCACUGGGCACAGACGUCAAUUCAAUGUCUAUUCCACAUUGGUUCAACGUAAUUUCAUUGAAAUGACGUGGAAACUAUGUUGACUCAACUAGUCCACGCCCAGUGGGUUGAUAUUUCCUUCAAUGUCUGGACAAACCUCCUGAACAUCAGACCUGACCAAAAGAGAAGUAAAUAAACACUUUUUAAUCUUUGUCUAUGACAUACCAAUCCAUUUGUUCAUAUGAAUUGGAGCCAACAGUGAGCUUGUUCUGUAGCUAUAACAUGUGUAUAGAAAGGUUGUGAAAGGAUUAUGCACUGUCAAUACAAUCUAUGUACCAGUACAUGUCCUACAGUCCGUUAUCAAUACUACUAUAUCAAUAUUCUUGGACACGUUUGAAAAGUAUCAAGAGUUAUUUUGCGUUAUGGUCUGCUAACGGCACCUGUUGCUGGUUGAUUGAUGACUUUUCAGAAGACUUUUGAUAUGAUUCUGUUUGUGUUCGACAGUGUUGCCGAUUGUGUAACACCGUGUAACUUUAAACGCUAAAAACAAAUGGUUCUAUAUAGUGGCAAAUAAGGGUUCUUUGGCUUUGGUUCUUUAACCAUAUUCAUAAGGUUCUAAAUGGAACGUGUAUGGUGAUAUGAAGAACCUUUUCCAUUAAAAAAAGGUUAUAUAUAGAGCCAAAAAGGGUUCCGCUGUGGUUCCAACCCUUUUGGGGGCUAUAUAGAACCCUUUUUAUGGAGAAUGGUUCUGUAAAGAACCUUAUCAAUCUCAAAGGUUUUUUAAAUCAGAUUUAAUAGACAUAUUAUAUUGUUACAAUUCCAUAGGUUUUAUUAUUGUUGAAUCAGGUGUGCUAGCUCUGGAACAGCUGGGGGUUCCUGAGGAGAGAAUUACGUAGUCAACUGCUCUCAAUUGACACAAGGCCGUAAGUGAGUUUGUCACUGGCUUAUUGUAUCGCAUGUAACAGUAUAACCCAACAGAUUAGACUAACUGACAUUACCCUCUCACUCACGGUUGGACAAAAAGAGCUGUUAGCAAACCACUCCCCAAAAUAUUCAAAUGAGCCGCCGUAACUACAUUUUAAUUAUCGCUAAAAGCAAAGAACCAUUGAAGGGCUCAAAGGGUUAUUUGGGUCAGUAUGGUUCCACAUAGAAUCAUCACCCUUCCCAAAGAACCCUUGAGGAACCCUAUUUUCUUAGUGUAUAGGCUACUAUUUACAAGCGAUGAAGUCACUGCUUUGACUGAUAAGCUUGCAUUUGACUGAUGAGCUUGCAUUUGACUGAUAAGCUUGCAUUUGACUGAUGAGCUUGCAUUUGACUGAUGAGCUUGCAUUUGACUGUUGCCUGAUCGACUGUCUGCUUUGUGGUUCCAACCCUUUUGGGGGCUAUAUAGAACCCAAAUUACAACAAAAACUAAAUGGAAACCAUGGUUCAACAUUGGAGAAUAGAAUUCAGUGUCUUUCUGAAAAUAUUUUUCAGAAUAUCCUGCCAUUAUGCAUAGCAUAGCAUAGCUCAGCAAAUAUUGUGAAUAUGAACAUAUAGCAUACUGUAUCUGUUAGCUGACUUGUAGCACUUGCAGCUUGGUGCGCUUGUUCUAAUAUUACGAUUUUUCCACUAAAGAGAGACCAAUAUUAUUCUUUAUUUAUUCAGAUAAAAAGACAUAGGGUAUGUACAGUGUUAUGUAUCCAUUUAAAUGUGUAUAAUAGGAUUAUAUUAUUAUAAUUCUCCCAUCCAUGCCUUUCCUUGUGGAGUGAUACAGUAUGUCUUAAGAAUGAUGCAUCAAAGAUAGCUGUACUGUAUGUUACUAAUAACUAACUACUGUAGGCUAGGUGGUAAAGUAGCUUCCUGAAAAAUGUGUUCCCGAAAGUAGUCCCCAUAUCAAGUGUGUUACGUCACAAAGUGCCCAUUGUCAAAACCAUGAGAGUGUUGAUGAAAGUAUAAGAUGGAAAUAGCUUGGGUUGCCUCAUGUCUGGCAUGACAAUUGCGUAAGGAGUUGGAAAGAGUGCAGAAGCAGACUGGCACGCAGGCUAGGAGAUGUAGCUAAGCUAACAUUUGUUGAUUUGCACAUGUUAAAGCUGAGGUGAUUCACCACAGAGUGGUGGUGUUAGUAAGGAUAUCUGUCGAUAGUAAGGAUACGUAACAUCUGUUGACCAAAACAGGUCUGGGUGUACUCCUUGUGGAUGCUGGGUUUCAUUGGAACUUGUUUUGAUUGAGAACUGGUUUUUAUUAUCCAUUAUGAUUGAGUCCACAGUAGGCUGGUGAGGGGAGGACGGCUCAUAAUAAUGACUGGAAUGAAGUGAAUGGAAUGGUAUCAAACACAAGGAAACCAUGUGUUUGACAUGUCAAUACCAUUCCAUUCCAGCCAUUACUAUGAGCCCGUCCUCCCCAAUUAAAGCACCACCAGCCAGCUGUGAUUGAGUCAUGGAACUCACACUAGUGUUCUGGUUAACGUACUCGAAGAACAGAUCUGAGUAAAAGCCAGCAUAGAAAGGGAAAGUCGGUGACCAGGAUCAUGUUCAGUCAGGAGAAAACCUUUUGAAAUGGAGUUAAGCGGGUAGGUAACCACUCAUUUUCAUUAUCCGUUGCGAAACAUUUUGCUACAGUGUACCCUACUGAACAUGACCAAGUGCUGAGAGAAAACAUGAAAUGUACCGGGAAAUUAAAUGGAGCCAGGAAGUAAAAUGGACCAGGAAGUAGCUCUAUAUACCCCAUAGAGCAAGAUAGAGGACACAACAUUGUAUCUGUCCCUUCAUGGCAUCUGAGAGCAUACAGCACCAUUGAGGCCAUCUCCAUUUUGAAGUGGUUACUUUUCUUAUUCUACUACUAUGAGUUGGUAAACAAACUGAAAGGGUGCACACUGCCACCUGGAGUGUGUUAUUUGAACAGGUAUAAAUCCAAGGUUUAUGAUUUACUGCCACCUGCAGUUAUGGAAUAUUUGUUCACAAGUGUAAUUCAUUGGCUGAUCCCUCCUGAUGAGCUGGUUUGAAUUAUGUGAUAAUUUCUUAACCCAUAAGAAGUCCCACCCAGUUCUACUUAAAAAUGGUGAAAGUCCUCAAUGGUGCUGCCCAUGCUAAAAUGGCUUUUAGGCACUAGAGUCCUCUAUCUACCUCUAUGAUAUACCCAUACUGUAUCUGGAUGUCCUGCCUCAUACCAAUGUUUACACAUGAAUGUAACCUGAUCGUAAAUGUUGAUGUUUCUCAGCCAAAACAGCUUGAUUAUUAAUAAAGAAAAUAGCAUUUUGUGGCUCAUUAGUAAGGUCUUUAUUGUCUUUAUGUCAUUUCAAACCUUUUACAUGUUUCUGCUUGUAUAUUUUGUACGGAUAGGUUUUCUAAUUGUCAUGAUUUAUUUGUUAUCUUUGUAAGAUAAUGGUUACCUGAUUUUUGUUUGUCUACUUUUGACUGAUUUUAAUAAACUGCAUGACUAUCAUUGACA